AUGGCCGUUGCUCCAGAUCCACAUAAACUUUUAUUGCCUGAUCCUGACUUUGUUCCAACCUUUUGGACUGGCAAAUUUUUUCCUACAUUUAUGACAGGCCUUGGUUUUGCUAGUGUAUGCAUUAAUAAAUUUGCAUUAAAAAAACCACUUUUCAGCGGUAUACAGAUGCACAUUGGGGUAGCCGCUGCAGCUUUUGGAGUGAGCUAUAUGUUGCAAAAGUGGUAUGAUAUCCGUAAUAUGGAAAAAGAUGCUGUUUACAGACAUUAUAUAGCUCUCCAUCCAGACGAUUUUCCUAUGCCAGAGAGGAAGAAAGUAGGAGAAAUUUUUCCGAAGUUUGUACCAAUCCGAUAG